AAAUACACGUUUUAAAACUACUACUAGCCUGACACUAUGUACGUACCACUGGUCAGUAUUUUGGGCAAUUAUUUUAAAAAGAGAGUUGACCGGGUAGCCCGGUGUUCCAAGCCGGCAGCCAAUAUGGCAGUAACAAGUGAUAUUUUCAGUGCCAACAAUUCAUUGGGUCUGAAUUCGUAAACUGCUCCUAAUAGUUCUGUAAGAUGACAUACAUAUACUACAAAGAUCUCAAAGGGUAAUCGCCUUUCAAACACACGAUGACCCGUAUAUCAUACGUCGAAUGACUAUCAUGGUAUAUUCUCCUUCAGGAGAUAAGGGGAUGUUUACAUUUACGGAAAGUACGACGCGUACUAACACAAAUUCUUAUAUCCACAACUCCUACAUCAUUUGUUCUGCGUAGACCGAAAACAAAUCGGAACACCUAACUGAUCGUCCAAAUACGAAAUAGAUUUUGGGAUCCAAACAAUAGUGCGAGGACCAUCGAUCACUCAACUUGUCAGGGUUUGUGCACGGACAUACGAACAUAAAGCGACGGCGUGCCAAAUUGCAUGGGUGCUUUGCCACCACCCUUGAGCUAAUUUGAGUGAUGACCUUGGGCAAAGUUUAAAAAAUGGCGGUGUUGGUGGAAACUUCGUUAGGGACGAUUGUAUUUGAUUUGUACUGUGAAGAAAAGCCAAGGACAUGCAUGAACUUUAUAAAACUUUGCAAAAUGAAACACUUCAACUUCUGCCUUUUUCACUGUGUACAGAAAAACUUAGUGGCUCAAUCCGGAGAUCCUAGUGGGACAGGCCGGGGUGGUUGGUCGUUUUUCAGAUACUUAUACGGUGAACAGGCUAAAUUUUUUGAUGCUGAAAAGAAACCAAAGAUAUCACACUCAAGAAAAGGCCUGAUUUCAAUGGUUGACAACGGUGCGGGACAACAUGGCUCUCAAUUUUUCAUAACACUGUCAGAUGACCUCAACUAUUUAGAUGAUAAGCACACAGUUUUCGGUUAUGUUGCUGAAGGCAUAGAUUUCAUCCACAAGAUCAAUGAGGUAUACUGUGAUAAAGAUGGACGGCCCUUCCGAAAUGUCAGAAUACACCACACGUUUGUUCUGGAUGAUCCUUUUGUUGAUAUCAAAAGAAUAGACUAUCCUAGCUCACCAGCAUUAAUGAAUAUAUCAGCGCUUGAUACUCGAUUGGAAGAGGAUGAAGAGUUGGAUAAUACAGAAGAACUUUCACCUACACGGUUGGAAGAACUCAAAGCAGAAGAAGAAAUCAAAACGCAUACUCAGCUUCUUACAUUGAUAGGAGACUUGCCAAAUGCGGACGUGAAGCCACCAAACAAUGUAUUAUUUGUAUGCAAACUUAAUCCUGUGACUACGAGUGAGGACUUGGAAAUCAUUUUCAGUAGAUUUGGUGAGAUUAAGUCAUGUGAGGUGAUCAGGGAUAAACGCACUAAUGCUUCUCUUCAAUACGCCUUUAUUGAAUUUGAAAAAGAAGCUGACUGUGAAGAUGCAUAUUUCAAAAUGGACAAAGUUGUUAUUGAUGACAGGCGUAUUCAUGUGGAUUUCAGUCAGUCGGUCGCUCGAGAAUGGCAGUUAUAUAGAAAGGACAAAUUUGUACCCGGUCAACACAAAAUUGUUCCAAAGCAUAGCGAAUCAGGAGAUGCAAAGCAUCAUCAUCCACCUAGGUUAUCUGAGGGACAUACUGACAAAAGAAAACAUAUCCGUCAGAAUUCUCACAGUUAUGAACACAAAAAGAAAAUAAACAGCCCAAAAAGACGUUGUUCCCCUCCGUUGCUAGGAGAAGGUUAUGAUUUAGUAAUCUCAGAAGAGUCCGAUUCGUCAUCCUCAAGUUGUUCGCAGCGUAAAUCCAAGAAAACACAUAACUCACAUAAGUCAUCUAAAAAGCAUCAUAGAAAGCAUAAAGAAAGGAAAAGCAAACACAAAAAGCAUCAUUCACCAUACUGACUUUGAUGUAUGCUAUUUCUAUUUUUUGUUAUUCUAUUUAUUUCUUAUCUUAAAAAUUUUCCGUGAUGCUAAACAAAUACUUUUCAUAAAAUGAAAUGGGACUUUGAUAGUACCAACUAGUGCGCUUGAAAAAUGUUUUGAUGCCAGUGGGCUGUACACUUUGUGUCUGAUUCAGUUAAAUUAAGUAGGGCAAACCGAAAGUAUGAUUCACGAGUUGAAGACUGUCAGAUAGAUA